GGAAAUGGUUACCCUACACAUAUCUUAUCACCCGCAUGAUUAUCGAUUUGAAGUGCUUUUGAACGUUACUCACUGAUAAAACAAAAUCCAUUCAGUUCGAUUUCGGAUCUAGUUUUGACUGUACGAAAGUGUUUCUGAAUGUUGAUGAAAAAAGGAUUGAAAUGUCCAACAUAAACAAAGGUCGCCCAUUACCACCAGUGCCCCCACGACCUGUGUCCACAAUAUUUCCAUCCGGUGUGCCUCCGCCUAUACCGCCGCGUAGAAGAGAUUACGAAAACAGCGAAUUCGUCAGGCGACAAACAACCACAUCCGGAAACCAAACCAGAGAAAAUAGCGUUCAUAAUUUGACGCAGCAAUUUCAAGAACUGUCCUGUCGUCGUGAUGGUGAUACUAGAAAAAGCUAUCCCAAUUAUCUGAACAGUGCGGGUGAAGCUUUACAGCACAUUUAUGAGGAGAUUCCGGCAAGAUCGAAUUGCUCCGGGUCGUACAGUGCUGGAACAGAAGAAUAUUGGGGUGAUGCUACGUUUGAAACUGAAAGUGACGGUUCAGUUGUCCGCAACGAGUCGAAUGAAUUUUUAAGUGACAAAUCUCUUAGCACUGAGCGAUACAGUUCGCCACCAGAAAACGCAGCUGAUGAGCUACUUCAGAACGAACAAAAGUACAUCGACAAUCUGAUGAAUGGAAUCCUCAACUUCAUCCCUCUGAUUUAUCACAUGAAUCUCCCGGAAGGCUUACGUGGCCAAAGAAACAAUCUGUUCGGAAACGUUGAAGAGAUCCACGAGCUUCAUCAGGACGAUUUUCUUCCAGCACUUCGUCGGUGUUAUCAAAAUGUAGAACAAAUUGCACAAUGUUUCAUCCAUUACGUGGAAACGGAUAAGUUUUACUGCUAUGUGAAGUAUGCCCUUAAUCGUCGGAAAUCUGACACAAUUUUCGAAAGACAUCGUGAUUAUUUUUCGUCCAACCAACACGAGCUAAACAGCUUUCUUCUGCAACCCAUCCAGCGGCUUCCGCGGUACUUGCUGUUUAUGGACAAAUUUACCAAAGAAACUCUCAAAUUUGGAGAUGAUCAUUAUACGGCAUCUCACAUUUCUACCAUCAAAAAGGCUCAGGAGAAAUUGAGCGACUUGGUGGACUUGAUGAACGCUGCAGUGUCGAUUAGUGAUAUUCCACAGUGCGCACGAGAAUUUGCUGCGACUUCUUCGUUUUCCCAUGCAAUUUCAGGUUUUGGUCGCGACAAUGAUCUGGCGUCUACGUUGAUUUUGAAGCCGAAAGGGAAUAAGCUACAGUCACGGAAUAAUCCAAUCGACCUUUUCGCCCAGGGGAAACUUAUUCGCGUGCUGGACACCGAAAUAUAUGACGAAGCCCGUUACCGCGCGUACAAGUCCAAGUUUUUCAUAUUUGAGAAGCUCCUUAUCUACACAGAGAUCACCAAGGCUGGCCUUCCGUACAGGGGUCAUUACUUUGGCUCGGAAAUAAACUAUUGGGAAGAUUCCCGAAAGCUGCAUCUUUUCUGUCUACACCGAGGGACCCAGGAGAUUCAAAUGCGCUGCAACAAAACGCUAGCCGAUACUGUGAAAACCAUCCGACAACGAGCGAUCUCACAAUUUUUCAGCGAACCUCAACUAAUAGACUUUGAAGCACCACUGGAUUCGCAAACCACUAGGGCAUCUGUCAAAACAGAUCUAGACCUUACAAAUAGCAUUAUGGCAUUGAUAAACUCCCAAAUUCAGUAUGUUCAGGUUUUUCAAGCAAAUUUUGAGUACUAUUUGAAAUGCCAGACUCAUUUUCAAGAAACACAACUACACAAAUUUAAAGAAAUUUGCUUGAAAAUGAAUCAUUUGCAUUACGAUCAAAUCAUAUCAGAUUUAUCAGCUAAUGUCGGAAACAUAUCUGGGAUUUGUACGAUGUUCUCACAAUACGUUCAGAACGAUUUUCCGCCACUAUACGGAGAAUACCUGAAAGUUGGCUAUAGCGCGGUAAAAUUUAUACGACAUCGACCCACUUCAAAUACUUCCUGUACAUUUCUUGUGCCAACAAUUGAUGACUUCGUGUAUCUCUGCAUCGGGAGAUUGGAAGAGUUUACUCAAUUUUUCUCAACAUUGACCGAGAAGCUGUCGGAGCAGAUCAUUCAAAAUACAUCAUCCGAUAGACCAACGUACCACCAGCUGGCUGUUGUUCAAGUGGAACUGGACAAGUUCACCCGAAGCGUUGGUGAUAAUUAUCGACUGCUAUCUUUGGAUGACGAAAUGCUCGGGUGUGGUUUGGCGGUCAGCAGCGAACGAGCCAAGAUCAGGACCGAGCAGUUGGAAGCAAUCCAUUGCAGGAUAUUCAUUUGUGAACGGGCAGUUGUUUGUGUUGCCUGUAGCGUUGAGCAGCAGUUCACCAAACGGCGCGAACGAUUUGAUAAAGUGAUAUUUAUUGAUAGGUUUUCCAGUAGAGCUCAUCCAAUGCGAUUGAGGAAAAGCAGGAAAGAUGACGAUGUAGGGUGUUUCACUUUUGGGAGUACAAAGUAUAAAGUAAAAUUCCAAACCAGUCAAGCAAGAGAUAGGUUCUGUGCAAAUUAUGUCCAACAGUUUGUUUCGUUCGAUAAAUAAUACAAAUUUACUCUAGUUCUGUGUCCUACUUGUACAUUAUAACGAAAUUGAAUGUUCCUAAUUUUUCAAAUCACUUUCUAUACACGAUCACACAAAACAAUGACAAUAAAUAUUUUAUUUUUAUAA